UUUUUAUUGUCAUUCAAAAAUCAGACGCCUACGUAACGUUAUGUUAUUUAUUUAUAACAACUUUUAUUUGUCGCGUAUCUCCACUCUUUGACAAAGAAUUGCAAUUUAAUCAAUAAUAGUUUAGUGUAUACAAAGUUUUAUUCAAUACAAUGGCAUCGCUAGCGUUUAAAGUUAAAAGUAAAAAUGGCCAGCAAAUACUGAAGGAUUUGACCUCUGAUAGCACUGUGGGUGAAUUAAAAUUGUUUCUCUCAAGCAUAUCGGACGUUAGCUGCGAGAGGAUUUGCGUGUUAUGUGGUUACCCUCCCAAGCCAAUAGAUGUUAGUAACGAUAACAAAAAACUAAGUGAAAUAGGUUUGAAGACUGGCGAGACGUUGAUCAUCGAAGAAAAGUCACCUCCAGUGACCCCGAGCGUGACAAAACCCGACGUAGCGCAGCCUGUGGAGAAUGGAACGUCGCAUGAGAGCAUUAGCCCCUGUAGACCAGGGAUUUUGAUGAAAAGAGUGGUGCCUUCAGACAACUCUUGUCUGUUCACUAGCAUAGGUUUUGUAUUAAAUGGUAAUGUAGACACAUCAGUGCAUACGCUGAUGCGACAAAUCAUAGCAAUGGAGGUGGCGAGUGACCACGACACAUACAAUGAAGCCAUGCUAGGGAAACCCAAUGCAGACUACUGCGUCUGGAUACAGCAGCCCAGCUCGUGGGGAGGGGCUAUUGAGAUUGCAAUUCUAUCGCGUUUUUAUGGUAUAGAAAUGGCUGUGGUAGAUACAUUAAAUGCAAUAAUAAAUAGGUUUGGUGAAGAUAAAAAUUAUGGACAACGAGUGUUUCUACUGUUUGAUGGUGUGCACUACGACCCGCUAUAUUUAGAACAAUCAGAUGGUGGCGUACAGACAUUGUUCCCAGCCGAAGACAUGGAAGUGUACGGAGAGGCAGAACAGUUGGCUCACGAGGCAAAGUCUUCCCGGCAGUUCACUGACUUGAACAAGUUCACUCUCAAAUGUAUGAUCUGCAGCAAACUCCUCAAAGGUCAAGUGGAAGCUCAGAACCAUGCAAAGGAAACCAAACACGCAAACUUUGGCGAAGUCUAGCAUACACCAUUAGUAUUUUAUUUAUUUAUCACACAAAUGAAUUAACCAGCUGGUACAAUUGGCUAGCUAUCAGGGGCGAUGGUUUCUAACAACCCAUUUCUUAUUGGGUUACCUUUUAAAAGUCCACGAGCUAUUCAGCCAAAACACAUUUAGACUAUAAAACACACAUGAACGGGUUACCUACUAAAAAAUUCAGUCUUCGCUACUGCUAGCUAUAGAAGUUGGAACUGUAUAAAUGCUAUAAAACUGCAAAACACAUGGUGAAUUUUUAUUAAUAUAUGAUGUCCCAGAGAUUCAAAGAUUUUUGCUUCAUCUUUUCUCAUAAUAAAGCUUCGAACUGGCGUCCAAGGUUGUUGAAUUGCGCCUUUUAAAGGUUAUGCCAACUGUUUGUCUUCAUAGUGAUGAGACAAACCCGAGGUAAUUGAAUAUGGUCGUCCCAUUUGAUCACGACACGUCAGAAACGCAAUCUCUGAGCGGCUGGGUAUUAACUGGAAAGAGAUUAAGACUGUAUUGCUAUUGAUAUUGAUGUAUGUGACAGUUAAUUAGCCAUUAUACAGCUCUUAAAAAACUAAUAGCUUUUUGUGCUAGUUAGGUAUUAACUAAUUUAAUUGGAGUUGAGGUGCAAAUUAAUUUUUUUUUAAAUCAUUUAUUUUAAAUAUUUAUCAUGUUUUAAUCAUUUUUGAGUGCAGAGAAAAAUGAACUUAAUGUAAUUUGUUUUAAAAUCCAAAUUGCCCCACUGGUUUUUAUUUGAAGAAACACUAUUUGAAGAAAUAUAUUUAUGCCUCUGCUUACAGCGAGAAUAUAAACUACGAAACGUCUGUUUCUUUGAUCUGUUGUUUCAAAAGCAUCACACAUAGUUGAGGACAAAGAUUUUAUACUAUAGAUAUGUUACUACUAAAUCGAAACUGAGGCGGACAAAAGUGGCUAAUUGUCUUCAUUUUCAUUUAGUCGUAUUACGACUAAAUUAAAAUUAAAGUUUAGUCGCAUUAUAAACGACGAAAGUUAUUUAUACAAAUAAUACCUAAAUAUUGUCUUACAUUGUCGAGAUGUUUCAAGAAGCUAUAAAUAUAUUAUAUAUAAAUAUAUAAAUACACAAAAUUGUGCAUGUGUGCGCUCAUUGGAGUAGCUAAAUUCGGCUUUUGCUGUGAUUUUGUAGGCACGUAACAUGUCUAAUAGUAGAAAGUCUUUGGUUGAGAAGGGAUAGGUGAAUUUAUGUAUAUUAAUUUUUGUUUUAAUGCUAGAUUACUUAUUGGUAAUGCGGUGUGCCCACUUCUUUCCAUUUUAUUGUCAUUGGUCCAACAUUUUUAUAUUGCAUGUUUUAAUUUCGUUUUGUUAAUGUAUUUUUAUCGAUGUUUACUUCUCUGGGGAGAACUUUAUUUCAAUUGUAAUUGGAAUGUUGUAUUUUACAUAUAGUUAAAUGAAUUAAACUAGGUUUUCAGUGGAAUGUACAUAAUACGAUUUUUAUAAAUUCUUAUUCCAUUUUCCAUGUAUAUGAGCAAUUAUUUUAAAUAAGCGUCUUGAGAAACACUAUAGGUACCUACAAUCUUCAUAUACGGAGUGUUCCUCUUUUAGAAAAGUGACGUAUACUUUCGAAGUGAUAACUUGUAAUGGAAGGGUAAACCGUUUCGUAACGUAACCCGUUACGGUGCCCUUCUGUUUGGCUUCCUUUUCUCUCACGCAUACGGCAGCAGGUUCAAGUUAUCACUUCUGUCGAGUCUCGAGACGCACACGGUUUUUUUUUAUUAUGACUUGUUCUUUAAAUCAUUUUGUUUGGCGAUAUUAUAUUGCGAAGUGGGCACUAUUUAUUUAUUAGCGUAUUUUGUUGGCUCUCAAUCAUUAAAUAAAUAAAUUAAUAAAACAAUAAAUUUAUUA